AUGCCUCGCACCCGCACACCCAAGACCACCACCGAAUCCAGAGAUGCUAGCGCAGAUGAAAGCGAUACUACCCUAGAUCGAACUUCUUCCACUCAGAACAGACGCACUCGCAAGCGUCCUGCCCAGCCCGCACAGGAAAUCUCAACAGACAGGCCUAGCUCCCGCGCUGCUUCCCGAUCUCAGUCAGAGGCUGCGGAAAGACCGGCCAGCACGACUGACUCAGAUCCUGCAGAGCGCCAUUCUCUUGCAGCUCGCCAUCGUCAUGGCGAACGAGGCACCGCCGGCGAUGCCGCUCUCGCAACCUCGUUGACGUUCGAAACACCUGAUGAGGCGCGGGAUCGGCUUAGCUCGAUGCGGUCCAAUUCGUCUAAUAGCGCCACUUCUGUGCGCUCUGCUCCUUCCCACCGCUCCGUACGCAACACGCGCUCCAGCACCGAGCUCCGCCCUUCAGCGGACCAACUUGCUCAGGAUGGCUAUGGAACAUCUUCUGCCAUGAGGCAGGGUUCUCCCAACCGAUCCUUUUCGACCCGUUACAUUGACGACUUGACAUCGCCAGAUUCGACAAACGCUGACGACGUACCAAUGAUGCCACUGCAAACCCGCUCGCAACAGGCCGACGGCAACUCGUUUCGACCCCUGACGAUAAGCACCCAAAAUAUGACUGUUCAGCCUCAGAACGUCUCUCCCUACUCUGCCACUACCCCUCUGGCUCGAUCCAACAGCAACAUGUCUCCUCCUCGACCCACCCGCUCUCUCCCUAGACGUCGAGCUUCCGCGCGCACUCAGAAUCGGCCGUUACUUUCGAGCUCGAACCAUGCUUCUUCUUCCUACCUGCUCCGAUCGCGCUCGACGUCGAGCUCCAACAUUCUCGCUCCGAGCAACUCCACCGCCAACAUCCUCGCCUCCGGCCACAGCCGACAAAACUCGACUAACGGCUGCGUUCCGCCAGGCGGAGGCUUCGACCCUUCCUACCUUCCGCCGUCCGGGUCGUUGACGCCUCGAACGCCACUGGCUGAGAUCCCCCUUUGGUUGGCAGACAUGCGCAGCCUCAGCCGUAGGAGCAGCAUCAGCUCGUCCAGCUUCAUGGAGAGAGAAGACUUGUCCAAUGCAUCCAGAACAUUUCCCACGCGCCAUGUCAGGACCGUAUCCACCUCGUCUUCCUCCGGACCAUCCAGUCCUGGCGCUACUCGCAAUGGUUCCACCUCUCCUGCCGUAUCUUUUCGCCGCUCGUUGCGCGGCAGCAGACCGCGCCAGAGCGAUGAGAACGCUCGCAUCAGCCCUUCGCCUUCCUACUUCGGCGAGUCUGAUGCGCUACCAUCGCCUUCUCCCUCCUCGAUCCGAGGCGAGAUGACGCCCCUUGACGAGUCGUUGGAUCCCAAUGCAAGCCUCUCGUCUGGCGUUAUUCACCUGGGUACUUCGUCUCCUUCGACGCCCUCAGUGCACUUGCAGCAGGCAUCGAGCCCAGCCAUGUCGACGCGCAGUCGGACGCUCAACCGCACAGGCUCUAUUCGUGGUCGAAGACUCACCAAUCCUCUCAACACGCCUGUUUCUGCAGAUUCGCUUGGCUUUUCCCAUGACGCUGUGAGAACACAGCAGUCAGACCCUCCAUCCGCUUUUCAUCAAGCAAGGUCCUCUGCACAGGAGCGACGUACGCGCAACAGCGUUGACCAGAGGGCCGGCACUCUGCUUGAACGCCGCGCGGCUACUGCGGCUGCAGCUGGUGCUGCACCUUGUACUCCGGUCAAUGCUGCUCGUGGGUCGAGCCGAUCGAGCUCGAGGACGUCGUCGCCAGCACAUGGCACACGUGCUUCUCGAAGAAGAAGCACUGCUGCAGAAGGUCAGAAAAGCUCGACAUUGGAAGGUAGUGCCUCGGGACCUCGACCGGGCUAUUUGCCGCCAUUGCAGAUCCCCAGUAUCCGUCUUGCCCGUAAUUCUGGGCCGAUGACGGCCGAUGCAUCGACGAUUUCGUCGAUGAUUCCCGAGCGUGCCAUCGAAGAGCAGGCUCAUGACCAACAUGCUGCCCAGCUGGAACCCAUCUCGCCCUCGGCGUUUUCCGAAAUGACCAGUCUCACGCAAGGCUCGACCGCAUCCGAAAGCAUCAACAGCGCCAACGGCAUGCCCGCCACGCCUUCGUCGAGCGUAUCCACUCUCGAUCCUCUCGCGCAAUCGAUCAUGCACGACGCGAGUGUCAUCGAGGCGGAAGCCUCGGAUGUGAGCCGUCGGACGCCACGCAAAAACCCCCACGCAUCCCGCGAUGCAGAACUCGCCGAAGAUGCUCUCGGCUUCUAG